AUUUAGGAAGAAAAAGAAAAAUGUCCAAUCCCGACAACAACAUUGCCCCAAUGUCGUACGAUAACGUUAACGACGACAACAACAAUCACAACCCUGCUGAUCCCAUGUCUGAUGACUCUGAAAACUCCUCCUUUUCGGUGACGAGCCGACCUCCAAGCGCAGGUUCUGAGCCGGCCCAAAACGGCUUCCGUCUCCCUCCGCCGCCCGCACCUGAGACCUUCAAAAUCAUGCGGGACCUGCAUCAUUACUCCGUCCUCUCAAGGAUGAGGAAGGCGGUGGAGUGGAGGCGCGAUCGUCUGGCGAGAGGCCCUCCGGAGGCCUUGCAGAGUACUUCAUACCCUGGCGGUGGAAUGGAUGAUGAUAUCCGCGACAUUGAGGCGGUGAUGGAAGGGCAGAGGGAUCUGGAGGCACUCAGGGCUGAGCUGCUGAACGCCGAUAAGAUUUGGCUGAGCUGUUUGGAAGAAUGCAAUGCUGUUGUGGAGCUGUAUCGUGAGUGUGGAUGGACACCGGACAUCACCAUUUUCGCGUCUGGAUCCACUGAGGUGCAGGCCAUGGUUCAUGCCUUAGAGCCGGUUCCUUCAAGGUUUUUGGGCUUCAUUUGUUGA